CGCCUGCAGCCAGUAGGGAUCCGCUAGAGUAGCUAAACCCCCUUCAGUUUUUUUUUUUUUUUCCAAGAGGUUUGUGCUAAUUGGCCCGGGCUUGGUCCCAGUGCUACUGUGUAAAGCCAAGGAUUCCUCCAGCGGUCACUCAACUCGGGCAUUCACAAGUUUAAGGACUUGACAAAAGCGGGUUGUCCUACUUGAAUCUGGCUCUGCUAACGACACUACACUGGGGACAGAACAGUUAAAGCAGCAGAGUUAACGAUUUUAUCUUGAGUGAAAGCUUUUAAAAAUUUGAAAUUAUUACACGGGGGUUCAGCGCACCGAACUGGAUUUGAUUUGCGCUUUUUUUUUGUCUUGGUGCAACAUGUUGUCCCCUCGGAGCUGCAGAAGCAGGGCUUCUCGUUAUAUCGGACAGACAUGUUCUCUCUUCGCUGUACUGUCAGGGAUUUUAGCAGGGCUGGGCAGCUGCACGACAUACGGAUUCACACAAGGGACCCCUUUUGAAGUUGUCCACCCUGUUAGAGUGGAUGAAGCUGGGCAGUUUGUCUCCCACUCUGUGUCCCGUCGGGUGAGCAGGAUUCACAAGCGGGACCUGAGCUCCGAGGACAGCAUCAGUGCUCCUGUUUACUACAAGCUCCAGCACAGCGGGCAGGACCUGCUGUUCAACCUGAGCAGAAAUCCUCACCUGCUGGCUCCCGGCUUCGUCUCUGAGAGAAGGUACGGGGGCCUGGCUGGGGCCAAGAUUCGAACCCACAGCCAUUACUCCUGUCAAUUCAUUGGAGAGGUGCAGGGCCAGGCUGCCACCAGGGGGAAGGCGGCUAUCAGUACCUGCAACGGGCUGAUGGGUGUUUUCCAGCUUUCCAAUGAAGACUUCUUUAUCGAACCUCUGGGAGGAGAGGGGCAGGAGGAUGGAGCAGCACAGCCGCAUGUUAUAUACAAACGGCACGCCGCUGAGAGGGGAGGAGAGAGAGGGAGUGAGCCACCCCGCCAGAGCAGCGUCAGCGAGGACCCCAGCGUUAACGGGACCUGUGGAGUGAAAGAGUCCAGGAGGAGCCGGGAGACGACGGAGAAGAGGAGGGUGAAGUGGGAGCAGAAGCAGCGUCGGCACAGGCGGAUCCGCCAGCGCUCCAUCAGCAAGGAGAAGUGGGUGGAGACGCUGGUGGUGGCCGACACCAAGAUGGUGGAGUACCACGGGAGCGAGCAUGUGGAGGACUAUGUGCUCACCAUCAUGAACAUGGUUGCAGGAUUGUUUCAUGAUGCCAGUGUUGGAAACUCCAUCCACAUUGUGGUGGUUCGUCUGAUCUUACUGGAGGAAGACGAGGAGGACCUCAAAAUAACCCACCACGCGGACAACAGCCUCACCAGCUUCUGCAAGUGGCAAAAGAGCCUAAACAUGAAGGGAGACGCCAACCCCACACACCACGACGUGGCUGUGCUGCUCACCAGGAAAGACAUCUGCGCUGCCAUGAACAGGCCCUGCGAGACACUGGGUCUCUCCCACGUGUCGGGCAUGUGCCAGCCCCACCGCAGCUGCAGCAUCAACGAGGACACCGGACUGCCUGUGGCGUUCACCGUGGCACAUGAACUUGGGCACAACUUUGGGAUUCAGCAUGAUGGGAGCGGGAAUGACUGUGAGCCGAUUGGGAAAAGACCUUUCAUCAUGUCUCCACAGCUCCUGUACGGCAACGCCCCGCCCAGCUGGUCCCGCUGCAGCCGGGAGUACAUCACCCGCUUCCUCGAUCGAGGCUGGGGGCUGUGUCUGGACGACCCCCCGGUCCAGGACGUGAUCGAGUUCUCAGCAGUGCCCCCCGGAGUGCUCUACGAUGCUGCUCACCAGUGCCGCCUGCAAUACGGCUCCAGGUCUGUCUUCUGCGACGAUAUGGAUAAUGUCUGCAGCACUCUGUGGUGCACUGUGGGUAACACCUGUCACUCAAAGCUGGACGCAGCGGUGGACGGAACGAAGUGUGGCUUAAACAAGUGGUGCUUCAAUGGCGAGUGUGUCGCUGUGGGGUAUCGCCCCGAGAGCGUCAAUGGGGGCUGGGGGUCUUGGAGCAGCUGGUCAGCCUGCACUCGGAGCUGUGGUGCUGGGGUGCAGAACGCAGAGAGGCAGUGCAACAACCCUGUCCCGAAGUAUGGUGGAAAAUACUGCCUUGGUGAGCGGAGACGUUACAAGAUCUGCAAUACUGACUCUUGCCAAUCGGAUAAACCUUCCUUCCGUCACAUCCAGUGCAGACAUUUCGACACCAUGCCUUACAAAGGGAAACUCUACAAGUGGAUCCCAGUGAACAACAGAAUUAACCCCUGUGAGCUGCACUGCCGCCCGCUCAGCGAUUAUUUCUCAGAGAAGAUGCUGGACGCCGUCACGGAUGGGACGCAAUGCUACGAGGGCAGCAUCAGCCGGGACAUGUGCAUCGACGGCAUCUGCAAGAACGUGGGCUGCGACUACGAGAUCGACUCGAACGCAGUGGAGGAUCGCUGUGGGGUCUGCCAUGGGAACGGCUCCACAUGCGAGACAGUGAAGAAGACCUUCGAGGAGAGCGAGGGGAUGGGCUACGUGGAUAUCGGGCUGAUCCCAGAGGGGGCGCGGGAGAUCCGUAUUGAAGAAGUGGCGGAAGCUGGGAACUUCCUAGCCUUGCGCAGCCAGGACCCAGAGAGGUAUUUCCUGAAUGGGGGCUGGACGAUCCAGUGGAACGGGGACUACAAAGUGGCCGGGACCACCUUCACCUACGAGAGGAGCGGAAACCUGGAGAAUCUGACCUCACCUGGGCCCACCAGGGAGCCCGUCUGGAUCCAGCUGCUGUUCCAGGAGACAAACCCAGGGGUCCGUUACGAGUACACCAUCCGGAGGGAAUUGGACAACGAUAACGAAAUCCAGCCCCCGGAAUUCUUUUGGCUGUACGGCUCCUGGAGUGCAUGCAGCGCCUCCUGUGGGACAGGUGUUCAGAGGCAGGUUGUGCACUGUUUGGAGAGGAUUGCUGGGAUAGUGGAGGAGCGGUACUGUGACCCCGCCACACGACCUGACGACAAGCAGGCCAGCUGCAACGAGGAGCUCUGCCCGGCCAGAUGGUGGGAGGGAGAGUGGCAGAAGUGCUCAGCUAGCUGCGGGGACACUGGGCUGAUGAAGAGAACCGUUCUUUGUAUUCAGAGCGUCGGGACGGAUGAGCAGAGAGCUCUGCAGCCUUCAGAAUGUCAGCACAUCCCCAGGCCAGAGGCCAUUGCCCACUGCAACAGGGAGCAGCCCUGCCCUGCUCAAUGGACUGUGGGCAACUGGUCAGAGUGCUCUGAAACUUGUGGUGGUGGAAUACAAAGACGUGCCGUAGGCUGCAGUAAAAACACAGGCGCUGAUUGUGAGCCCAGAGAAAAGCCUAUAUCAGAAACAACAUGCAACCCACAGCCGUGUCCCAAGAAGGUGGAGAUCUUUGGAUCAGAGUGGUCUGGAAGUGGAUCGUCGAGCAAAGAACUGUUCAAUGAAAUCGACUUCAUUCCCAAUAACGACAACUAUCAACACCCCGUGCCAGAGCAAGUGAUUCCCAAAUCGCACCGGCCAGACAAAUAUGACGAUCUGAACAAUUUAAUUGAAGACGAUGUUAUCAUCCAUAACCGUAUAGAGCCGACUACCGGCAAAAAUGUGUUUGUGGAUGAUUUUUACUACGACUACAACUUCAUCAAUUUCCAUGAAGAUCUGUCUUAUGACCCUGUCGUCAAAGAAAAAGGAGAAGAAGAAAACAUCAAAGAAAAGAAACCGGGAGUAAAUAGCGUGGGUGGAGAAUCUGACCAAAAUUCACAUCUGAUAAAUGGCAUUGAUAAAGAAUCAUUGGGUCGUCCCAAAGACAACACGACAUCAGCCAUCCCAGAGGAGUCUGAUGCUACAUCAGAGGACUUGCAUCCCACUCGAGAUACACCAUACAAUAGUGUGCUGAUUGAACAAGAGAAUAAGAAUCUCCUGGGUGGGGAAAAUGACAAACAUAAUGAAGCAAAGGAAAGCCCAUAUGAAGAACAGGAGACUGAAACAACAAAGCCAGACCUAGCUGACACUGAAAAGGAGGACGAAGAGAUAUUCUACUUAAUUAACCAUCUGCUACCGGUUGUGAAUCAUACAAAGCAAUAUUUAGAUACAAGGAUACCCAAUUCUUCAGAUAACGAGAAGCAGCCAAAUGGAGGCCUGGCUCCAACAGAUGGUCCAAGUGAGGUAGCUGUGACCGAGAUCCUUCAUAGCAGCCGUUCUAUAAUCCUUCACAGCACUGGUACUGAAAGCUAUGAGACAGACCUCACCGAGGAAGAUAUCCAUGAGCAGAGUUUAGAGGAAGCUGAUGACGGCGAUGAUGAAAACCCACAGGAAGAAUACGAGAGUGAAGAUAAUGAUUUUAAUCAAGAGGGUUUCAGUGAAACAGAUGAAAGCGAUGACGUCGAUGAAGAUGUGAGUGAAGGUCUAAACGGCAUUAUUGACGAUGAGGAGGAUGUUAUUGAUGAUCUCAUUUUUAGUAUCGGAGAGGAUGAUGAAACGGGAGAUGAGGACAUUGAUUCCAGGAAUGAGAAUGAUUUCAGUCGGGAUGGCAUGAGCGUGAUUGAACAAGAUACUGCAGUAGGAGAUAGCAAUGAACAUCUUCCCAAAAAUAUUGAAUUGGAAAGGUACUUGACAUCCAAGGAGCCCCCUGAAACCCCCCUAGAAUUGUCUGAUGAACUGUAUACUCCGAUCAUUUCUUCUUCUGAAGCCAUCCCUUUUACCUCAGAGCCACCAAUAACAACUAUGCCAAACCAGUACAAUUUAAAUCCUAUAUCAGUAGGACUUGCAUUUGAUGGACAGGACUCGGGUCAUUAUAAUAAAGUAGGCGAUCAUGAGUAUGACCCUUCAGAUUCAGAACCAGAUUCUGCAACACGAAGAACAAAACCAACAACAGAGAAAAUUCAAACCACAGCUUUCUCCAUGCUCCACACUCCAGAGUCACUCCCGCCCAUUAUAGAGCAUCCAGCAGGGCACGGUUAUCCCCGGCAUACCAGACCUGAAUCCAACAGCCAGCCACCACAUAACAGGCCCUUUGAAGAAGAUCUGUUAGAUUCACAGACAGACUUCUAUUCCACAAGUUCAACCCCAGUUACAGUAACUCAGUUGGGGUUUCCACAAGGUGAAGUCUAUGGGGUUCCAGCUUCUGCAGAUGAUUUUUACCAAAAACAUGUAACUGCUCAGCCUUCUCAGGGGACACCCAAGAAGAAUAAAGCCCUCACCACCACCACCACCACCGCCAGCACUACAGAGUGGCCGGAGAUUGAUGCCAAUGAAAUCGUAGUUCCCGAGCACAUGCUGAGGCACAGGCACGAAGACAGAGCGCACCAAACUACAGAUUCACCUGACAGUUCAAGCCAUACCAGUAGGUACCAUCUUCAGAGGAAUCUUCAAGAGCCGUCCACGACAGCACUUGCAAAUCCAACAGAGCCUCUGCUGUCUACACAGUCGGCCAACAAAGACACAAGUGCGGCUGCUUUCUGGAGCAUGAGCCACUGGAGUGCAUGCUCCACGAGCUGUGGUCUGGGAGCGAUUUGGAGGACAGUGCAGUGCAGCAGCCUCCGGGACACAGACUGUGACAUCACCAAGAAGCCAGCCCCUGCCCGGAGGUGCUACCUGAGACCCUGCUCGGCAUGGCGUGUGGGAGAAUGGGGCAAGUGUUCCAGUAACUGUGGGGGAGGGAUGAAAGUGCGUGAGGUGCAGUGCACUGACACUCGAGACCGGAGGCCAUUGAGGCCCUUCCACUGCCAGGCAGUCUCCCACAAGCCCCCGCUGCAGAUAUCCUGCAACUCCAGACCCUGCAUGGACUGGUACACCUCGUCAUGGAGUGAGUGCUCAGAACUGUGUGGAGGAGGGGAGCAGGAGCGCUUCGUCACCUGUCCCGAGGUCGGAAGAUGUCAGGAGUCCAUGCAACCCAACAGCACCAAGGGGUGUAACGUGCACCCCUGCACCAAGUGGGUGGUGGGGUCCUGGGGCCAGUGCACUGCUACCUGUGGAGGGGGGAUACAGCGGCGACUAGUGAAGUGUAUCAACACCAAGACCGGCGAUGCUGAGGAGGACAGCAGCCAGUGUGACCACGAGCCCUGGCCAGAGAACACACAGAAGUGCAACACGCAGGAGUGCAACAAUGCCGAACCAAGUCACACUUGUGUAAGAAAUCGCCUGACCUUCGGUUUCUGCCAGACCCUGAAGCUCCUGGGACGGUGCCCCCUCCCUACUGUCCGGGUGCAGUGCUGCCAGACCUGCACUGUGGGGGGCCACGGGGUCCGAGAACGGGGCAACGAGCGUGCCACACGUAGGUGAGAGGCGGAGACAGAAAAGCGCCAGCGUUACCACGACGAUCCUUUAGCACCCUGUUGCCUUAUUAAAAGAGAAGAGAGAAAUGACCCGUAGCAACUUACAGUACAAAAGUUCACAGAAUGCGGCUAGCAAACAGAAGAAUAUCUUAGAUCUGAUUGGUUGGGAAACCACCAAUCAGCGUUUACAUCUGGGGUCGCCCAGACGAAAUUCAGGUACCGCUGGUUGGCAUGGAAACAUGGAGACAUGUCUGGUUGAACCAAUCAGAUACUGUGUAAUCUCUCCUUGCUACAGGUUUGUCAAAGCAGACCAAAGUGCAACCACCAGUAACUUGAAACCUUUAAAGACGGUGCUACGAUCAAUGAGAGCGGUGCUAUCGACAGUCCUGCAUUCUUCGCUUGCUGUGGGGGUGUUGGCAGGCCAGCACAGUAACUUUCCAUACUUGAUCUGUGGUUUUAUAUAUAUAUAAUAUUUUAUAUCAGUGUCUUUGUGGCAGCCCUAUCCAGUUAAAAAAAAAAAAAAAACAGGAAAGUAAAUACACAUUAUUUGUGUUCAUUGAAUAGAUCUAGAAUUUCCAGAGCAAUCAUUUUAUAUUUUUGUUUGGUUUGUAAGAAACAUAGGAAUAUAUUUACUGAUAAACAGAUUAACAGAGUAGGUUUAAAAGACUAUAAAACACAAAUGUAUUUGUAAUGUUCCUGUGGUGGCAAGUCUACUGCACUAACAUGACAAUUCAGUGAGUCUUCGGUUAAGGUUCUGCACCAUUGUUGAGUUUAGGAGUGGGAAUCCACUGUUACUCUGCACCCAUUGUAUAAAUAAGGGCUCCAUUCUCACAGCCGCUUACUCCAAAUCAUUAUCGCAAGAGAAUAAAAACCAUUUACUCUAUAAACCCUAUCAGGAGAGUGCUCACAAACCCCUACAUUAAAUCUCUGAGCUGUUUGUUUGUGGACUGGUAACUUUACUGGGUACAUUUCUACCAGCUGUCAAAUUUUUGCUAAUGAUGGUUUUGAAUAAAUGUUUUUAUGAAUCUAGCCCAGUGUCCUUAUGCAUUGAUUAUAUGUUUCCCAGUGAGCUGUAAACAUUUUUGUUUUGCAUUCGUAGAAGGUAGCAAGGACACUUUUAUAUUGUGUGAUCAGUUCUGUACUAAAAGUUGUUUGUCCUCAAGUCACAAGUUUGCUAUGCAUGUUAAGAUCUGUAUUUAAGAUGUACAAUGUAUCUGUUUGGUACGGGUGAUGGUGUCUGUUGUUAGCAUUUCAAAUGUGUUCUAUUUUAAACAACGUUAUACACAGAGGAUAAAGACAGAGUCCAGAGUCGUAUAUAUUUUCAAUUAGGCUGUUUAGCUGAAAAAACCCACAGGACACAUUUCAAAUACAUAGUGGUUGAGAUGAAUAUAAUAAUAAUCUACCACCCCUUACCAUCCAGAUGAAUCUUGUGAGUCACAUGGGGAACUGGUUCUAGAACUCUGCAACACAACGGAAUGUGCAAGCUGCUGAUGCAUGCUUCCAGCCCCUUCUGACUAAUACAUUCAAUUCAAUAUUUAAGGAGAUUUUGGAACAAAGUCUAAAGGAGCAAGUACCACUAUUCUAACACUGCAAUGUUAUGCUGGAGGUAUGUUAGCUAUGGUUCUGGGAUUUUUCUUCAUUCCAGUUAACACACAAUACAUAACAUAUAGAGAGAGCACUCCAGAGCGGUAAUGAGGUGUUGCUUCAUGAAAGUUUGUGUACUAUUCUAGUAAAGUACACUGGAUGGUAAGGAAAGCAUGUUUGAAACUAAAUUAAACAAUUUCAUUUGGGGCAUGGCUUUCCUUUUAUUAGCUGGAUUUGAAUGAAUGCAAGAUUGAUUCCACUGUAUAUCUUCACACAGUAGCACUGCUCACGGAAAAGUAUUUUUCUUGUUGUAUACACAGAUGUAUUUUUUUGUAUAAUACAGUACGGCCAAAUAAUGGGAGCAGUUGUCUGAUUAUGUGCAAUGAUGUGCUUUAAUUAAACUAAACUCUGUAGCUUGCUCUGUUUCAACCAUUGACCUCAGCUUCUAAAUGAUCAUCUGGAAUAUUUAGUCCAAACCCUGUAUAUCUAUAAAGGGUGUGCACACUGCUCUUCUGUUGGUAUUCGUUCUUGUUCUUUUGUUUUGUCAUGGUUUUUGUAAUUUCUUUUUAAACUAUUUAAAACUUGUUUUGUAUUCCCAUCAAUUCCAAGAUUGUAAUAAUAAAAAAAAUAAAAAAAACAA